UGAGCGCGAGAGGGAGAGAGAAAAAAACCGAGACCAGACAGAGAAGAAGAGAGAGGGCGGGGGAGAGAUAGAAAUACGAGCGAGCAGCGGGAGGAGAGGACACAGAUAAGCCGCGCCAGCCCUAACCCUAAACUCCGUCCCGUCCCCCCACCGCCGCCGCUGCCGCUGCCGCCUUGACGGAGGGCGGACCGCGUCGAGAUCCGUCCGGCGACUCCGUCUCCUCGCUCCGCGCCCGCCGGCCGACGCGCCGGACACGCGACGAGGUGCGGCUGAAUUGGUCUAUUCCAUCGGGCAUCCCGCCACCGCGGGGAAGCAAUGUCUGUUGUCAAUCCUCCAUUCUACGACGACAAUGACGAUGAUGAUACCCCACUAUCCUUCAAGAGGUCGUCAACCAGCAGGCCAGCCCCCUCGAAGCAGGAAGGCGCAUCGGCAAAUAUCACUUAUGUUAGGAGCCCUAAAGCUGCGGCCUCGAAUCACCAGAGGAAUGGGAUUAAUGGCGCUUCUAGGUCGCCGCUGCCACUGAAGCCACAGUUUACCAACUCAAACCCUCGGCCUUCAGGGUAUGUUCAGCCAAACAGUUCUGUAGAACGGAGUCAAAAGAGCAACACAGUGGAUAAGAGUAAAAUGAAAAGACCUCAUGCCGAAGGUAACAAGUCAGAUGAUUCAGAUGAUGACAAGCCACUUGCGUUUAGGAAAAAGCCUGACACGAAAUUAAAGAAAGUCGUCGCAGGAGGUGAGAACGCAUAUGAUUCAGAUGAUGAUCAUAAGCCACUUGGUAUGAAUAUCAACUCAGCAAAAGUGGCUUCUAAUAAUAGCACAAGUAAGACUGUUUUGGUGAAGACUGCACCUAAGACAGUGCAACCUGAUGAUGAUUCAGAUGAUGAUCAUAAGCCACUUGGUCAGAGGUUCAACUCAGCAAAAGGGGCUUCUAGUAAUAGCACAAAUAAGCCCGUUUUAUUGAAGUCUGAACCUAAGAUUGUGCAAUCUGAUGAUGAUUCAGAGGAUGAGAAACCACUUGCCAGCAGGUUACCCACUAAUGCUGCUUCAAAAAGUAGAGGUAGCGCAUCUGAUUCAGAGGAUGAGAAGCCUCUGUCUGCUCGAUUUUCGAGAGGUACUGCAGGUACAUCUGUGAGUAUCUCAAAUUCUAAGGACAAGCUCCCGUCUAACAACAAGGGGCUAAAUAAUAAUUCGAGUGCUCCACGGAAUUCAGUUAAAAGGCCAGGUGAUAACAAUAAUCAAACAAGUUCAGCUCUUAAGAAGAUCAAAUAUUCUGAUGUUUCUGUCUCAGGAAGUGUCAAAAGAGAAUCCAAGGACGAUGACAGUAACAGCAUACCUGUUGAACGAAAACUGACACUGGGGGAGUCUUCAAAAAGCAAGCUACCUGUAAAGAAUAUUGUAAAGAAGAGUCCUUUAUCUGUUAAGAAGGACAAUAAGAAAUUCAAAACAAAAACAAAGAAAGCAAUGAAAAGUUCCCAGUUCUCAAAAUCACUGAGGGAGCCUCCAGGAUCUGGCGGUGGAAAGAAAUGGUCUACUUUGGAGCACAAUGGUGUUAUUUUCCCCCCUCUAUACAAUCCCCAUGGCGUCAAAAUGCUUUACAACGGGCAACCUGUUGAGCUGACUCCAGAUGAGGAGGAGGUUGCAACCAUGUUUGCUGUGAUGAAAGACACGGAGUAUGCGACAAAGAAAACAUUUAUCGACAACUUCUUUGGUGACUGGAAAAAAAUUCUUGGUAAAAACCAUAUCAUCAAGAAAUUUGAGCUUUGUGACUUCACCCCUAUUUUUGAAUGGCACCUCAGAGAGAAGGAGAAGAAGAAACAGAUGACAUCGGAGGAGAAGAAAGCAUUGCGGGAAGAGAAACUGAAGCAAGAGGAGAAGUAUAUGUGGGCUGUUGUUGAUGGUGUUAGAGAGAAGGUUGGCAAUUUCAGAGUAGAACCACCAGGCCUGUUCAGGGGACGAGGAGAGCAUCCCAAGAUGGGAAAACUGAAGAGACGUAUUCGUCCAAGUGAUAUUACAAUAAACAUUGGAAAAGACACUCCAGUCCCAGAGUGUCCAAUAGAGGGAGAAAGCUGGAAAGAAGUCAAACAUGACAAUACUGUUACAUGGUUGGCCUUUUGGAAUGACCCGAUUAGCCAAAAAGAUUUCAAGUAUGUUUUCUUGGCAGCAAGCAGCUCACUAAAGGGACAGAGUGACAAGGAGAAAUAUGAGAAGUCCCGAAAGUUGAAGGAUCACAUACACAAUAUACGUGUAAAUUACACAAAGGAUUUCAAGAGCAAAGAUGUCUCAAAGAAGCAAAUUGCAGUGGCAACAUACCUCAUAGAUAAACUAGCCCUUAGAGCUGGUAAUGAGAAGGAUGAUGAUGAGGCUGAUACUGUUGGUUGUUGUACGUUGAAGGUUGAUAAUGUUACCUGUGUGCCUCCAAAUAAGCUUCAGUUUGACUUCCUUGGUAAAGAUUCUAUAAGAUAUUUCAACACUGUAGAGGUUGAAUUACCUGUGUACAAUGCGAUUGAGGAAUUCCGUACUGGCAAAAAGGACGGAGAUGCCGUCUUUGACAAGCUUGAUACAACAAAACUAAAUCAUCACCUGAAGGACUUGAUGCCUGGCCUUACUGCAAAAGUGUUCCGUACUUAUAAUGCUUCGAUUACCUUGGAUGCUAUCUUGCACGAAGAAACAGAAGAUGGAACCCUUCUUGAAAAGAUUGCUGUCUAUCAACGAGCAAAUAAAGAGGUUGCUAUAAUCUGUAACCAUCAGCGUGCUGUGUCAAAGUCACACGAUACCCAGAUGACUAAGCUGAAUGAAAAGAUUGAUGAAUUAAAGGCCCAGGUGGAUGAGCUGAACAAAGAUUUGGGUAAAAUGAAGAGAGGAAAGCCUCUAGGCAACGGUGCAGAUGGGAAGCCAAAGAGAACUUUGGCACCUGAAGCGAUUGAGAAGAAGAUCUCUCAGAUAGAAACCAAGAUAGAGAAAAUGGAGAUGGAUAAGAAGACGAAAGAGGAUUUGAAGACGGUGGCAUUAGGGACAUCAAAGAUCAACUACCUUGAUCCUAGAAUUACGGUAGCAUGGUGCAAAACCCAUGAAGUCCCUAUUGAGAAGAUUUUCAGCAAGACGAUUCUUGCAAAGUUUGGAUGGGCAAUGGAUGUCGAGCCGGAUUUCAGAUUCUAAGAGUAUUGGAUUCUGGAUGAGCCAAUGCCCCCUUGGUAAAUUCGAUUCAGCUUCCAGGCCUUCUCCCGGACACCUAACUGCAACUAGUAGUAAAGGAAGAGCUCGGUGUUUGUUUUUUGAAGUCUCCCUGCUCCUGGAAGAAGGAAGCACCCGGCAUUCUCUUUGUAGGCUUUUUUUCUACCCAUCUUCUCUUCCGUACUUGCUAUGGUCCGAUUGCCUAAACUCGUGUUUGCAUUUGGGCCGACAAAUUUUAGCUUGUUGAGAACUGAUGGACAUUCAUUUUAUACCGGAUUAAUCUCAAAUAUAGAUGACCUCUCAGAGUGAUGGUUGUGGAUUCGUUUGGACGAGGAA